AUGGCGGACUCCGAAUUGCCCACUCGCCCCAAGACCGAAUCCACCAACGAGGCCGCGCCCGCGGAAGGCGGCGACUCCAAAAACGCCAGCAAGAAUGCGCUGAAGAAGGCCGCCAAGGAGAAGGCAAAGGCUGAGAAGGCGGCCGCUCGCGCGGCUCAGGAGAAGGCACAGGCCGCAGCUGCCGAAGCCAACGAUACUGCAAAGGGCCUGUAUGGUCAGCGUCCCGAUUCCGAGAAAAUUGUCUCGACUACCCGCUUCAGCGAGCUUUCGGAGGAGUCCUAUGAGAAAGAAGUGACGGUCGUGGCGCGCGUUGACAAUGCGCGCGUACAGAGUGCCAAGCUAGCUUUCUUGAUGCUUCGCCAGCAGGGUCAGAAGAUUCAGGCCGUCAUCGCGGCUGCGGAGCCCAUCUCUCGCCAAAUGAUCAAGUACACUGGUGGUCUGAAUGUGAACUCGAUCGUGCAAGUCACUGGUAUCGUGAAGAAGCCCGAAAUCCCUAUCUCUUCUGCGACCAUCAGCCACCUCGAGCUUCACAUUCGCAAGGUGUACAUGAUCUCUGAAGCCGCGCAGAUGCUUCCGAUGCAAGCCGAGGAGGGACAAGUCGAUGCCGAAGGAACCCCGCUCGUCACCUUGAAGACUCGUCUUGACAACCGUGUGCUGGAUCUGCAGACGGAGACCAGCCAGGCCAUCACCUGGAUUUCUAGCGGUGUUGCUCAAUUGUUCUCCGAAUACAUGAUUAAGAGUGGAUCUCGAUGGAUCUUCACACCCAAGCUGGUUGGUGCUGCCACAGAAGGUGGUAGCAACGUUUUCGAGGUCAAGUACUUCAAGCGCAAUGCCUAUCUUGCUCAAAGUCCUCAAUUGUACAAGCAAAUGUGUAUCGCUGGUGACAUGGAGAGUGUCUUCGAGAUUGCCCCUGUUUUCCGUGCAGAGGAGAGCAACACCCACCGCCAUUUGACUGAGUUUGCUGGUCUCGAUUUCGAGAAGACCUUCCAGAACCACUACCACGAGGUCCUUGAUUUCGCCGAAGAUCUCCUUGUGUUCAUCCUGACCCAGCUCAAGGAACGCUAUGCUCCUCAAAUCGCUAUCAUCCAGAAGUCCUACCCCAAGGCGGGUGACUUCAAGCUUCCCAAAGACGGCAAGGCUCUGCGUCUUAACUACAUGGACGGUGUCGCCCUCUUGAAGGAAGCCGGUGUUGAUAUGUCUGAACAAGAGCGCUUCGAGAACGAUUUCUCUACUGCCAUGGAGAAGCAACUGGGCCAAAUUAUUCGCGAGAAGUACGACACUGACUUCUAUGUCCUCGACAAGUUCCCAAUGGCGGUUCGUCCCUUCUACACCAAGGCCGACCCCGCCGACAGCCGUUUCUCCAACUCUUAUGACUUCUUCAUGCGUGGUGAGGAGAUCAUGUCUGGAGCUCAGCGUAUCAACGACAUCAAAGAGCUGGAGGCUUCCAUGCGUGCUAAGGGCUUGGACCCCACCCAGGAGGGCUUCGAGGACUAUCUCAAUGCGUUCCGCCAAGGAUGCCCACCUCACGCUGGAGGUGGUCUUGGCAUGAACCGUAUUGUCAUGUUCUUCCUCGGCCUGCCUAAUGUUCGCUUGGCUUCGCUGUUCCCUCGCGACCCGCAGCGCCUGCGACCUUAA